CAUUGCCAUUGCCAUUGAUCUGUGCACAUGGUGCAUGCAGUCACUGAGCCAAAAAAGCGAGUGUGGAGCUUUCGCAUUCAGAAGAUCCUAGCCCUGGCCGGGUGGGUCGCCGAGUUCGAGUGCACGACAGUUUGAUAUUGAUAAAAAUUCCAUGGAGGUUUGUUGUUGUCCCUUUCACCGAUUCUAGGUCGACAUGUCAGUGUGCUUUUACGUGUGUUGAGUGCAGUGUUUGGUGUAGCGUAGGCUCAGUUUGAUUCCAGGCCAGGGUAUGAGCUGAGGCGGCGGGCAGUUGGACUCGAGCUCAGGCAAUGAUUCCCUUCUAGGCUGCUCCGAUGGGAAUCGCUACGCGAGGCCUUGUAGUGAUUCCUGUACAUCUGCUAAGAAGGUUUCAACUCACAAGGACUGCUGCUGCUGCUGCUUGUUAGCAGAUCUAUGUCGUAUUGAUACUACUUGUAGUAGGAACAUCGAUUUGUCUAGAAUUUCUUUAGUGCUAUAAACAGCAAAACAAAAACCGGGAGGAACUGGCCAUUUCCUCAUCGAUCAGACGGACACCCACCCCAGUCGCUACUACUUCUGCAGCAGUUUGACGAGGCCGCGGUAGUGUCGAACUUUUAUCGGCCUGCUAGAAGUGUAGUGUCUGUGCCGCUUGUUGUGGUCCUGGAGCGUCACGGAGAUUAUCAAUGGACAACGAGGAUGAAAACAGCACUGAGCUGAACGCUCUUAGGGAAGAGUACGCACAUCAGGAGCGAAAUAAUGCCAGGUGCCGUGCCCUGCUAGACGACAAUCGCCCGUUACUGACCAGGUCGAUGUGCUGGCGUUCUGUACUAGAGGGAAUGAUCGGACAUAAGGAUGGAAUUGAUGCAGGUAGUGAUGCAAAACAGAAGAUUGAAGCACCGCCCAUAGAGAACGAACGCCGAAGGUUGCUGGUCGAGUAUGUACGUGCCAAGGGUACAGUGGAGACGUUCCAACUGUUCGUGAGGCAGCUCGCUCAGCCUGGUGUCAACGGUGGAAUAGCGUUGAAGCUCGCCAGAGAGUUUGAUGCCGUGGUUAAGCUGACAUCUCCGUUCCUACCUGAAGUUAAGGCUAUUUUCAACAAUGGAAAGAGACCGACUAGCCAAGCAGCCACAGCAUUGCCUGUACAGCAAGAAGAUAGACAGGAAAACGUAGUGCAGCCACCAGCCGAUUUGCAGCAGAAUGGUCAUGCGGAGCAUAUAUUGGGAGGUGGUGCGCCUAUCUGCGAGGAGGUCGGUCCUUCAGACCAAGAUCAGACAGAAGGCACCGACGACACAGUCCCGUCACCUACAGCUUCCCAACCCCUACACCCAACUGUGUACAGAGAUGGCACGCAGCUUGGAAAUGGAGACGUGCACUUUCGACAUGCUUCUCGUCAGCAUGAGAACAGGCCAAUUCCGUGUACGGAGGAUUUUCCAACAACAGUUCGAGUGAGUACUGAUCAGGACAAUGGUUACUCUGAUUUCCCUCGCGACUCAAAUGAUCAUAGCUACCAACCCCAGCAGCUCCAACACUACCACCAGGGUAAUCAACAACAACAACAGCAGCAGCAGCUGCAGCCAUUCAUCAAUGGUGGUGCAUCGCAUAGCGCAACUAACCCCAGUCCUCAGCGGCAAGCACAGCAAGCCCAUGUCCCAGAGCUCAACUGCACGCUGCUCCGUAUCCAGAUAAUUAUUCUUGCACUACUUGUCAUCUACAGUCUGUGCCACGGACAGACCUUAACGCUUGGAGCAUGUGAAGUAUUGUGGUAUUUAGUUUUAGUUCUUGUCGCUGUUGUGUUGUUCUAUACUCUACAAGAUCAAAAUCAGCACCAGCACAAUCGUUGAGUAACCAGGCUACAUGUACUCUCAACAGCGGCCUUGGUAGCCAACAUGUACUGGAACUGGCCCAUGUUGAAGGAGUAUAGCGAUUCUGAAUAUAGUCAAGCUGUUUUUUAGCCACAAUGCAUUUCAGCACCCGGCACAUGUACUUCGCAUUAUAUAUGUUAUUAUUACACGCAUCAGCGAUGAUCUCUAAUUCACCUGAGUUCCUAAACUAGGACUAGGAAAUGGCACCACCAUGUGCCAGCACUGCCGUGCCCACGAGGCGUUAUUCUUGAUGUACAUACACCCCACAACAAUCCUUCAGCUUUCUUAUUCUUCUUCCAUCAUUAUCAGCCAUUCCCGUGCGCUUGCCAUUAUGUUACUGUGACAACUGUUUAUUGAGUGAGUUGAAACGCCAGAGUUGAAACCAACAACGACACUAAUGUAGAUGACAGCAAUGCAACAAUACGUGAGUCACCAGCCAUGGCUUUGUCUUGUCUUGCAAUUACUUCGCACAUUUUAUCAUACACUUGGCUGCUGUUCUAUCUCCGAGCGUCGCUGACGUUCCAGUGACUCGAUUGCAUUUCCUUUUAGUAAAACAGAGAUUUAUAUUUUCUUUUUCAUCUCAUCCUGCCUUUCCAGCUGCUUGACAAGUUCUACUGGUACUCUACUACGUAUACAAUGAUGUGUGUAGUA